GUGGUCUUUAAGUACGAUGGGAGCAGCAUGACUCAAGACGGCCUUCUGGGGGGGGCGGUCAUCUUGGCUUAAGGUGAGCGUUUCGAUUGCAUCGGAACCAUACAUCAACUGAACACUUCCUUUUCACAUCCAGUGCUACAGCUCCAGGCCCUCGUCGGUCGGGACAACGAUGGCUCGCAAGCUGUUUUUCACGACGGCAUCUGCGCUCGCUUCCAUGGUUGGCGCUGACUCUCAGCUCGUGCAGGUGUUCACACACGGGCUGGGCGUGUCAGAUCCGGCAGAUCCCGCCGCGGACCCGACGCCGGCUCCGACGUGCGCUGACUCGACAUAUACAAUAACAUAUGCUCGACUCACAAACCAACAACAUUCACGUAUACGGGACCGAGUGGGCUUUCAUUUGACAAUUUCGCUACGUGCGCCAACACAAGUUCCGCAUCUUGUACGAUGGCAGCGUCCACGGCAAAUUUUUGCCAGUCCAAACAGAGAGUCGACGUUCGGGUCCUCAGGCGAACGGAUACCAACGAGAUAAUCAGAGCGGGCACAUGUUGCAGUACCAAACGAAAUUGGGUGACUGCAAUGUCGUCACAGUGCGCUGUUGCAACGCCCACCCCGACCAACACUUGCCUGACGCCCUCCCCCACGCCUAUCCCGGCCCCGACGCCCAGCCCAACGCCGUCGCCGACUGAGGCCCCGACGAGCAGCCCGACCUCGUCCCCGACGCCGAGUCCGACGAGCAUUCCGACGAGCAGCCCGACCUCCAGUCCGACCUCGUCCCCGACGCCCAGCCCGACGCCGUUGCCGACUGAGGCCCCGACGAGCAGCCCGACCUCGUCCCCGACGCCAAGUCCGACGAGCAGCCCGACCUCCAGUCCGACCGCGUCCCCGACGUCCAUUCCGACGAGCAGCCCGACCUCCAGUCCGACCUCGUCCCCAACGCCCAGCCCGACGCCGUCGCCGACUGAGGCCCCGACCUCCAGCCCGACCUCGUCUCCGACGCCCAGUCCGACGAGCAACCCGACAAGCAGCCCGACCUCCAGUCCGACCGCGUCCCCGACGUCCAGUCCGUCGAGCAGCCCGACAGCCAGCCCGACACCCAGCCCAACGUCUACACCAAUGGCACCGCCCAUCAGUGGCCCCAUGGUCGCGGGCGUCGGCGACCCGCAUCUCGCCAACACGCUCGGCCAGAAGUUUGACUUGCUUCAGGCUGGGUACCAUACUUUGGUCCACAUCCCUAGGUGGGCGCGGCAGCGUUCCAACUUCCUCGUGGAGGCGAGAGCGAGUCGCGCUGGGCUUGGAUGCGCUGAUUUGUAUUUUACGGAGAUCAACAUCAGCGGCACGUGGGCUCGUCGUCACAAGGCAACGGGCCUGCGUUGGGACGCCGAGGCUACGAGGCCGGGCAAAUCAACAUGGAUGACAUUCCACAACGUGGUCAAGGUCAAGAUCGUGCAUGGCCGCACCGCCCAGAACACGAAGUACCUCAAUAUUUUCCUGAAGGGGCUGCAUAAGACGAAGGUCCCAGUCGGUGGCCUCCUCGGGGAGGACGACCACACGGCGGCCGCCACCCCAGACAAGGGUUGCAAACGCAUCAUGACGUUGUGAGUCUUAUCCCGCCCCAGGGCCGACGCCAGUAGACGCUGUGAGUAGUCUGCCGCCCCGGGGCAGACGCCAGUAGUAAAAGACAUGGCUGGUGCUCAAUGAAUGCAAGCGGUUGUCAUCUGGCCUUUGGCCAGUUGGGCGGCACAGUCCCUCUACGCAUGUCUCCCCUCUUCCAUGUUCCAUUUGUCAUGCGUUCUGCAUCGUCUGCGGCGGAUCCCCAGCCCAUCCCAGAGUCGUCCACUCGCUGCGGACCCUCUCCGAUGUCGCUGAUGCGGUGACGUGGCCGCGCCUGGAGAGCGCAUGCUGCUCCUUUUCCUCCUGUCUGUCAAAACCUGUGUCCUCGACCUCUGCCUCUUCCGCUUGCAUCUUGUGUCUUUUGAUCCGUGGGCCACCCCGCUCCGGAGGCGCGCGGGGAGCUCCGCCCGUGCCACUCCGUGCAUCGAUGUCCGCGCGUGGCUCCCUCCUCCUGGUGUUCCUCUGCCCUGCGCUUCUGGGCUGUGUCCAGAUUUCGGACGAAGAGAACUAUGCACAUGCACCGAUCUUGGCCUGGCCCAUCCUGGGCCCAGGAUCGGUGCAUGUGCCCUCCUGGCCAAG